AUGUCGUGUAUGAUCAGCGAGAUCUCUCCGAUCUCAGGAGGGAGGCUCACCUCGACGCUCAACGCUUCGAUCCAGCAGCUCGAGCUGAGAGAACCGCCGAUGACGUUGACCAACGGGACCAUGCUCAUGGUGACGUACGAGAACGACGGCCGAGAGACCGGGCCCGACGUCUUCGGGGAUCCGGACGGGGAAGGGCGGCGGGAGUUGGUGCCUUCAGCAGAGGCUGAGCCAGGAGGGAACCUUCGCAGGCCGCUCUUGACAGGGCCAGAUGAAGGGGAGGAACAGGAAAGUGACGUGAAAGACCUCAGUUCCUUCCGAGCAGGUGCGGUGGAGGGAGAACGAGACCUCUUCGACCUCCUCUGGGCCCUCGAGGCUCAGGGCAUCCUGACGCGACAGCAAGCAUCCUGCCUGCUGGAGAAGGCCAACGAGGAGGAUGACAAGCUCAUGGAGGCCCACACGAUGCUCAACGAGGUGCCGAGCAAGGAGAGGAGCGACGAGUUGCUGCACGAGUUCGCCGAGUUUCUCGUUUCUUAUGCUCAGAGCCUGUGA